AGGGAACAACAAACAACAACAAAAAUGGCGGCAACCAGUGAUGAAGAAAUGGAGUCACUUCUCUCCGCAUUCGAUCAGAUCUACGAGGAUGCUAAGAGCGGCAUUUUGGAGAUGCAGUUGCUGCAAUCCAACUACAACGCAGAGUUCAAGAUGCGUGAAUCACUCCAAGUCGCUUCCAAUGCCCUCAAAGGAGAAAAUGACAGAUUGGCAAAACUGUACUCGGAGUCCUUGAAGAAUCUAGCGGAUCAGCUUGAUUACCGUACAAAUUGCCUGAUUUUGAAAGAAGAAUUGGAGAGAGCAAAAACUGAAGUUUCGCUCAAAGAAGACGGACAUAGGAAGGAUACGGAAUUGCUUAGGCGAGACUUCGAACAACAAAUUGCGUGUUUGGAAGCUCAAGUUAAGGAAUCUCUACACGAGAAAGCAACAUAUGAAGCAACUAUUAGCCAACUCCAUGGAGAUUUAGCUGCACAUAAAAGUCAUAUGCAGGUUCUAGCAAUGAGAUUGGACCAACUGCAUGUUGAAGUGGAAUCAAAAUAUAAUUCUGAGGUUCAGGACUUGAAGGAAUGUCUUGCGGUUGAGCAGGAAGAAAAAAAUGAAUUAAACAGAAAAAUCCAAAAUCUGGAAAAGGAAUUACUGAUUUGUAAAGCAAAGCUGGUGGACCAGCAGCAGGAAAUGACCGCAAAUUGGCAUGUGGAAACGCUUAAACAGAAAAUCAUGAAACUGAGAAAGGAAAACGAGGUCCUGAAAAGAAAGUUAUCCCAUUCAGAGAAGGGCAAGUAAUGCAGGGAAACUGAAGCUUACCAGCAACUUUGAGUUCACAAGGACAAGGUAUCUGAUACUAAUUGGGUACUGUACUUUCUAAGUGACAAAGGUUUACUCUAUCAGGGUUUCACAAUAUAUAGGAAAAACCACAUAAUUAUUAUUUGUUUUAUGUGUUCAACUGAACCAGGUUAGUCUAGAAGUCAAUACCAUUUACCAU